UUGGCCGCUUGCAGCGUAACCGUCACAUGGCCGGACCGAGUCCGCGGCGGCUAUUUAAGGAGAGGCAGUGCGCGUUCAGCACCACUUCGCUGUCCACCGACCAGAGGAGCGCACACUGACGCACCGACGCCACGACCCACUCACUGCGGCUCAAACUUUCCCCCCGCGCUCAGCAACAGGUUUGCAGCCAUGCCGAGGUCUUUUCUCGUGGAUUCCUUGAUUUUGAGGGAGGCCAACGAUAAAGGGAAUGAGAGCAGCACGCCUCUAUUUCCGUACGCGGUGCACACGCCGCACCACCCGCACGGGCUGCCGGGCUCCUGCCACUCCCGGAAGGCCGGGCUGCUGUGCUUCUGCCCGCUGUGCAUGGCCGCGUCCCAGCUCCACCCGUCCCCGCCCGCGCUGCCGCUGCUCAAGGCCUCGUUCCCCCCCUUCAGCUCGCAGUACUGCCACUCCGCGCUGUCCAGGCAGCACUCCUCAUCCAACAGCGUCAACCUCAGCCACGGACCGGGGAUAUACCAAGCCGCCUAUUCGGUUCCAGACCCCCGCCAGUUCCACUGCAUCUCCAUCGAAAACAGCAACGGAAAACUUCAGAGCAGCAAGCGCAUGCGCACCGCCUUCACCAGCACGCAACUUUUGGAACUGGAGAGAGAGUUUACCUCCAACAUGUACCUCUCCAGACUGAGGCGAAUCGAGAUCGCGACGUACCUGAACUUGUCUGAGAAGCAGGUGAAAAUCUGGUUCCAGAAUCGCAGAGUGAAGCACAAAAAGGAGGGCAAGAGCAGCGGCCCACGGACUGGAUCACAUAACUGCAAAUGCUCGUCCCUGUCAGCCGCCAGAUGCUCGGAGGAAGAAGACGACGACAUUCCCAUCUCUCCCUCCUCGUCCGUAAAGGAGGACGUGGACCUGUCCGUGUCCCCGUGAACUGCACUGAACUCUGAAAGAUUGUGCUUUUCAUGAUUUUGAAAACAGCCAAAAGAAGGAAGAAAGAAAGAAAAAAAGAAGACUGUUCUCUCGGCCUCGUCGUUUGUACAUAGACAGAUCAUAUUUAACCAGGGAGCUGCCCUGAAUGAUUGUAUAGCUGUAUACCUGUUGUACGUUUUGUAUGUAGUUUUUUUCUGAAAACAGUCCGUUGUUGUUGCUAAUCAAGUGAGCAUGUUUUGAAGACAAGCCAAAAGGAAUAGCAACAAUGUUUAAAAGUAUUUUGGGGAAGAUAGUAUUUUGUACUAUACGUGAUGAGUACCAUGCUGUGUGGAUGGGACUGUCUCUUAAAAUAUGUCAAGCUGGAGAGAUUCCUCCACUGUCACAUGGCUGAGACUAUUCUGAAAUUAUAUCUUCAGUGUAAUUGAAAAAAUAUUUAUUUAUUUAAAAAUGUUGAUACUUAAAUAAAAGAUAUUUCU